AACAUUGUCAUUUUAAGAUGAGACGUAUGAAAGCUUGUUCGACGUAUUGAUAUCACAGUUUUAAUAAUUAAGAGGAAAACGUUAAACUGGCAGUAUAUAACGGGUUGUCAAUGGAUUAGUAUUUGACUUUAGUUCAGGGAAAUAAUAUUGAACUUCUUUUUCUUUUGAAAAAUGUUCUGAAAACUAAUUAACUUUUAAAAGAUAGAUAUUUGGAAAGAAUUCAAUUUAUAACUGUAUUACCUAUUCAACACUCAUUUCAACUUAGAGAUGGCGUCAGUUCAUUGUUUUACUCCAGCAACAUUGUUCGUAGUAAUUGUGUCAGUUUGCAUUGCCAUAAGUAAAUGUGAAAGAUUGAAAAGUCCGAGAAACUUUGCUCACGUGUACGGAAAACGGGCCUCACAGGACGCAUAUAAUUUUGGAACUGGUGGACAGAAACUAUCAAAGCUCUCUUUGUUCUCAGGCGAGUUUCCUGUUGAUUACGAGCCUUCCGAUGAAAACUUUCUUUUGAGACGAGAGGAUUCGAAGGUCAACGCGAAAGCAAAUGUUGGCCAUAUGUUUGGUAGAGAAAUAUACGAUACCUACCCAUUCUACAGUAACGACGAUGUGUACAGCAUUCCAGAGUUAGACGAAGAAGACAUUGUUGCAGUACCGAAUGUAAGAGACGACGAACUAUUCAAUAUUCCACGAGUUGAUGAGAGGGAAGGCCGUAGAGAACGUAAAAGGCAACUCAUAUUGGACCUUCUAAAAUCUUCCCCAGCAGCCAGAAUGGAGGCGUUGUCAUAUCUCAAUGAUAUACGGAAUACCUUGCGUAGUAAAGCAUGAAGGGGAACAUUGACAUUUUUCGAAAAUAUUCCUUACAUAACCUCGAGGCAACGAGAUGAUAUCAAAUAUUUUGAUUGGUUACAUUUGUAUCUAGAUUUAAUACAUUGUAUACUUUAGUUUUUUUACAAAAUCCAGUUAAAUAGCGUUUUCCAAGCAUUUAUUGUCGUUACAUACUUAUUGAUAAAAUGAAUGGUAUCAAAAUCUUAUAAUAAUAACAAUUUAAAGCUCAACAACGAUAUAUUUAUAUAAAUGGUACGGAUUAUUUGAAGAAAUGUCCUUUGAAAACAUAUGCUAACCUGACUUAUAAACAAAUCAUUUGUUAAAACAUAAUUAAACGAAGACCGAAAAAUAUGUUUGCACGUUCCCGAUGAAAGGGACAAUUAUUAUAUAUUGUGUUUCCUUAACCAGUUCCCUUUAAAUAAGUGUUUAUAUAAUAAUAAUCAAAUGAUAAUCAAAUGAACGGACAUUACUAUAAUGUUAGGUAUAUGUCAAAAGUAUGAAAACGUAUGUAUUAUCAAAUUUGUCGGUUGAACAUCAAUGCUUACUUUAUAGAAAACGUCAUUUUCGGUAAAAUAUCCAGUCAUGGAAGCGAUUUAAAAUCAAAAUAGCUUAUGUUGCCCUUCCUUUUAAUCAUUUCAGUCUUUUAAAUAUUUUUUAAAAUCUUAUAUUUUAUGGUGAAUGUCAGAUUUUAAAAUCUGAAGUGUAUUUCUAAUACUUGAAGUGUAUUAUUAUCAUUACUGUUAUUUCUUUUCAUAUAUUUUGUGUCUUAAAUUUCUUAAAAUGCAUUUCAAAAACAAAAUAAAAAGAAAAAAAACUAUUGAUAGUUAUCACGUCAGCAAUGUAUUGAUAAGUUCAUGCAAAUAAAUUAUAUUUUCUCUG